GGUCAUCUGGGGGAAACAAAUACUAUUAUGUUCCAGGAGCUACUGAGUUGUUUGUCACUCUUAAUGAAGUGAGGCCAAGAGACUGGAUGCAACCAGAUGAUGACAUUGUCACCACCGAAGGUCUGAUUCCCAAUGUCGGCAGAGUUUAGAAAAGGGACUGUUGAAGGCUACAAUUCCCACACUCCAUGGUGACCGGGGAGAUUUUAGAAGUUGCUCGCGACUGCAACUCAAGCUCCAAGGGCCCAGUGAACUGCCUGUGUAAGCUAUGGUUGGACUUUGGUGUGGAGAUGCUGGAAAACUGGAUACUGACUAUCCUUGUGUCAGUCGGGGUUGGCUCCAUUCUCUUUAUGGUGGCACUGUUUGUCCUCCUUAAGAACAACGUCCAUGCAAAUAUCUUCUGGAACGAAAUUGUCUUAGAGAAAAUCACCAAUUUUGUCAUGGAUCAGAGCAAGGAACAGCGGAUCUUAAACUCUGUGUCAUACAACGCAGUCAGAGGGGACCCCGAGAACGUUUUGGACUGCAUUGACAAGUACUGCUCCCAGAAAGAGUGGGCCAUGAACGUGGGAGAUGAGAAAGGCCUGAUCCUCGAUAACGUUGUAAAGGAGGCCGAUCCCACCACUGCUUUGGAGCUGGGAACUUACUGUGGCUAUUCAGCAAUCAGAAUUGCCCGGCUUUUGAAACCAAAGGCGCGUCUUUUUUCCAUUGAAUUCAACCCUGAGUUUGUACCCAUUGCAAAGGAAAUUAUCGAGAUUGCCGGACUCAGCGAUAAGGUGACUAUCCUCGAAGGCCACGCACAGGACAUCAUCCCUCAGCUGAAGAGUAAAUAUGGCGUGGACACAUUAGAUUUUGUCUUUCUGGACCACUGGAAAGAGAGAUAUGCCCCAGAUACCAUCCUUCUUGAGGAAUGUGGCCUCUUGCGGAAGGGCUCCGUUCUUUUGGCUGACAACAUCAUCUACCCAGGGGCUCCAGAAUUCAUUGAGUAUAUCCGUAACCACAAGCGCUUUGAGUGUACCAACUAUCCUUCUCACCUGGAGUACAUGAAAGCGGAGGAUGCUAUGGAGAAGGCUGUCUAUCUGGGAUGAAAAGCUAGCAUGUUAACUAGUGUUCAGCUCCUGCUUUGUAUCUGUGAGCAUACGCAUAUCUUUUGAAUUGUAGCUUUCAGUAAUAUGGGGACCUGUGAUGUUAAACCAUUUUAUUCUAGGAGGACAUGUUACUAACCAAGAAACUCAGCAGUAGAAAGAGCUUGUAUAUAAAUAGGCUAGGCAACCAAGUGCCACCAUGGUGUUCCCUUCCCAUUGGGGUUAAUGUUUGUUUACUGUUGCUUUGACAAAAUGCCUUUGUAGGUUCUUCUUGUUUGUAAUACUCUGAAGUCAACUGGCAUCCUGGCCUAUGACUGUAAUAAAGAUGAAUCCAACUGGCGCCAGCUCCCAAAGCUUUUAGCCCACUUUUAUAUUGUGCUGCUAAGGAAGGCCAAAGCAUAUUUUGAGCAUUACCUGGGGGGGGGGGGGGCAGAGAAGUCCAACUCUGGGCAGGGGGUUUGGCAGAUAUGUUGCAGGACAAGAAUAUCCCAACUGCCUUCUUUUUAUAGUUACUAGGAACAGCACUGGAAAUGCAGAUAAAGAGCCCCAACUGUGUUUUCUUAGAAAAAAAAUCCAGGACUGGCAGUAGUGCUGUGUUAGAGUUUCAUGUGUUAUGUUGAGCAAAGCCAAAAGCCACCUUCUGUAUACAAAUCCUGUGUUUCAACUGUUUUUGUACCGUUUUCCCCCCAGAGAAGGGGCAUUUUUGUUUGGUUUGAUUUGAGUUUUUUGCCAUUCUGGUUGCAGAAUUAUGCAAAAGCCCAACAUUCGUUCCAUGCCUCCUUCAAAUCCCAGAGAUUUGCCUCUGUUUUGAAGGCAGCCUUGGAGAUCAGUUCUGGUUGACAGCAUGUGCCACCCCUUGCAACAUAUCAUGGGACCAAAAGAGGCAGAGGUGAAAUGUGGACUCUCCCGGUUUACUUACUACCUGUCCUGUCUACCUCUCUCUUUCCCAUGACCUCCAUUAAAACUGGCUGAAGAUGC